AUGCAAAAAGUAUAUCUCCCACCUAAAUACUCCUAACGACCAAAGUUUCAUUAAACUAUAAUUGAAACUAGCACUAAGCUUAAUCAGAGGAAGCAAACAGUUAAUGUACAAAAUACUAAUAUUUAGCAUGAUUAAGAUUACAUAAAAUCAGAUAGAUCACUAAAGCAAAUAUAUAGCUAAUCUCAAAAUCUGGAUGAUGAGAUUAGUGAGAGUUAAUCAGUUUCUUACAGCUAAAGUGAAGUAGAAAUUGUUAGAGCAGCACUUGAUGAAACUGAGAGCUCCACCAGAACUAAUAAAAAUUUAUAGAAUGAUGUUCCCGAAGUUAAAAAUGUUGUUAUAGGGAUUAAUAGACAAGCAAAUAUGACUCCAUCUUUGAAUAGUUCUACAUCUCAGUAAAGUAGAAGGUACAGCUCUAACACUUCAUCUAUUGUUACUAACGUGCCUUAAGAUAAAUCUUAAAAUUCUAACAAUUCAAGUGAGAAUAGCCGUAUGAAGUUUUAAUCAUUUCAAGUACUUAAUCCUCAGAGUGCAACUUUCAGAGCAUAUUACGCGUAAGUUAAAUAAAAGUUAAAGAAUUGUACAACUAAUUCAGCUUUGCUCUCUGGAAGAUAACCACUACGAAAAAUAAAGGAUUUGAAGUCAUUUAAAAACACCACUUUAUCUCGUAGUUAAAAUGAAUCUAUGUUGAUUUAGAUAAGACAAACUCGAGCAGCUACCUAGCUAAAAGAUUCUUUGACUGGAAUAUUCAGAGUGUAAUACAGAUUUUUCUUUGACAGCUAUAAGUAGAGUCUUAAAGAAAAAGAAAUUAUAGAAAUGUUCACUAUUUGGCAUAACCAUUAGUAGCAAUAAAUAAUGGAAAUAGAAAAACAGCAAUAUAUGCAGCAGCAGAUAGGGGAUAUCUCUUAGAUCAGUGAUAUAUAUACAAGAAAAAUGAGUGUGAAUCCAUUAUCAGAUAAAGAUCCAUUCAACUCUAGAAGAUUUUCCCAAUAACAGAACCCAUAAAGUGAGAGUUUUUCAAACAAAAAAGACAUGAGUAAUAUGAAUAAUAACAAUCUACUCCAUCAGUCUUUCUCUUAAAACUAACUUUAAAGCUUCAGUCAAUCUAAUAACACUCAGUAUCUAAAUGAACUUUAGCAAUAACAGCAAUAAAUGUAUUUGGAGACAUUUAGACAGAGAAAUCAAAAUAGUAGAUAAGAUUAAUAAAUGUAAACAAUUCAUAGGGAAUAUUUAAAUUCAUAAAUAACUCCUCAACAGUGGUCAUAGAAAGGGAAUUUGCCAUAGCAGUAAAGCUAGUAUUUCGUUAGUAAUAAUAACAAUAAUGAUAAUGUAUUCCAAAGGUAAACUCCUUAUCUUUAGUCUAAUCCUACUAAUAAAAAUCAUCACAAUUCUUCUUCAGAUAAUAAAAUAGAUGCGAGCAUGAUAGAUCAAAUUACCAAAAAGAUAAAAAAAGAUAUUAUGAAAACUUUGCAAAGCAAAGGAAUUUUAGGUAGCAAAGGAACAUAGAUUAAUUAUGGUAGAGGUUAAGCAUGCAGGUAUCAAUGCCAUCAAUAAUAAUCGCUUUAAGAGUCAUUUUUAACUGAUGAGAAUUCAUCAUUUCUUAGUGAUUCAUAGCAAAAGCAUCAUUAGAUUUAAAAAGUAUAACACUCUAAUAUUUAGCAUUCUAGAGUGAGACUUUAAGAUAUUACCAAUAUUGUUUAAAAUCAUAAAAAAGGUAAAAAUUAAAACAUUUAGUAGUACGAAAAGUAAUUCAAUACUACUUCCAAUAAGGAGGUAUUAUCUCCUAAACUACUUGAAAAAAUCAAGCAACUUCUUCCAUCACCACCUCAAACUAUAAAAUAAAACUAAUGUAAUAACAACAUUAAGAGAAGUGCAUGCAUUUAAACUGAGCUUAAUUAGAAUAAUGAAACUCAAAAAUGGGCAAUUUAAGGUAACAAUUAAACCUAGAAGGUAAUUUAAUAGGAGGCUCAAAAUUACUAAAAUCUAUAAGCUCAAUAAAAAUAAUUUUUGAAGGCAGUUAAGUCUUAAAAGCUUCUAAAUGAACAAAGAUAAAUGAUGACUUUAACUAAGAGCAACUUGGAUAUUCUUGAGACAUGUGGAACUGCCACUUUUAGAGAUAUGAGAGAUGACAAAGUACACCAGCAAUCUUCAAGAUAUUUGAUCUAAGAUUCAAGUUAAAAGACAUUGAAUCAGAGUAAGAUAGAUUCUUAAAGAAGAAGAACAAUGGCAGAUGAUAAUCAAAAUGGAAAAAGCAGCAGAUUGAAUCAAAAUAACUACCUUGUAAAUGGAAGUGAAUCAAACAUUGAUAUCAAUAACUAUAUCCAAACUCAGAGAAGUGCAUUCGCUUAAGCUCUAAGUGAUUAUUAAGAGCAGUCAAUUGUUACUGCAAAGCAGAGCUCUAGUUAGUAAUCAAAUAAUCAUCAAAAAUCUUUCACUAAGCAUUAAAACUACAUUGUGGCUAAUUAGAUAUCUUAAAAUAUAUCUCCUACAAAGGACAACUUGACAAGUCUAGAUAUCACAACUAAUGCUCAGAAAGAUUAUACUUGCUUGGAGGAUCCUGCAGCUGAUUUAUCAUUGGUUAUGUAUAAUACAGGCACAAUGUAAGAAUUUUAAAAGACUGAGGAGCAAAAUGAUGAAGACUUAAGUAACCCUGAUGAAAAUAUAAAUGAAAUGGUUUUAAAUCAGGAGUAGCUUAGGACUUUGACAAUGUUUGAAACUGGAUUUAAGACUUUCUUUCCAGUUAAUUCAGAUCAUUCUCAUGAUCCAAGGAACAAUCAAAACUAAAAUGCAAAUUAAAAAAGACAGAAUUAGAAGGAGUUUACUAUUAAAGAGUGCUAAGAUUAGUCAAUAAAUUUCAACAGUAAUAACAAUGGCAUGGUUACUGCUACCGUAUCAAGAUACUUCAAUGAUGACUGUGAUGAUAUAAGCGAAAUUUAAGCUAGUUCAAAUAACAAAUUCUUGAGAGGUUAGUUCCAAUUUUUUAAGAGAAAUUCAAUAGAAGAGGCAACUUAUUGUAAUUCCCAGCAUAACAUAUCAAAUUUGACUUAGAAUUUGCCUUAGCAUAAUGAAAUUAAGCUUAGAAUAAACAAAAACUAGAAUUCAUUAAAAGAUAGACAUCACUCAAAGAAAAAGUCACUUAUAAAAGGUUAAAAUGAAGAAUGCAGCUUUGAGUAUUCAAAAGCCGAGGAUAUGCAAUCUUCAUAGAUACUUAACGAGAGUUCUUUCGACCAGUUUAUUUCUGAUAUGAGCAUUAAGAAAAGACACUAGGACCAUCAAUCAAUGAUUAUACUCUAAAAUAGAUAGUGUCAUGAUCAACAAUAAAAAAUACUGCAAAUUGAUUAGGACCAAGAUUAGUAAAACCAGAAUAAUUUCUACAACAGUACUAGAGUCAAUUUAGUACCUAAGCUUGCUCUUGAUAAAUUAGAAUAGCAAUAUGACGAGAGAAGAGAUAAGGCCAAGUAAGCCCUUAAAAAUAUAGUAUUAAAUUCUAUUGGAUUAUGA